AGUGCGUUAGUGUGCACCAGCCAGUCCAAGGAAAAUAUUGUAUGUCGACCAUCGAACUUCAAACUUCAACAAACGAAAAUUUCACCCAGUACAGUAAAGAUGAGUACUCGAGUUUCGACAACGCUUGGCAAGAGAUACUCGGGUUUAUCGAUUACGGCGAUCGGUUCAAAAGAAAUGUGAUAAGGCUUGGCGUAUGCGUGCCCGAAGCUUGUACCGCGGCAGACCUUGAAACAUCAUUGCAAAGGGAAAUGGACAGAAUACUGCUGCCCCAUCAACUAAAAGCACGAAUCGAAGUUCAUCCAAACUUGUGUAGCACCGACAAAGAUUUGCAGCCAUUCGAGAUUGGAUAUUACAUAACCGGUGGUUUGAUCGGAUUGCUGUUAUUGGCUGUAUCUUUAUCGACAACCUAUCAUUUAAUAGUUCUGGUUCGCGAUACGCAAGAUAAUAAAACAUGUCUGGAAGUAAUCACUAUAUUUUCUGCCAUCAGAAACGGAAGAGACCUGAUUAAAUAUAAUAGGAAUAAUGAUUUAAACAUCUAUAACGGUCUGAAAGUGACAAUUUUAAUGGUAGUGUUAUUUACACACAAAUAUACAUACUUUGUAAUUAAUCCGAUUUUGUAUCCGAAACUUGUAGAAGAGGUUUACACUGUCGGUCCACACUUUCCAUUGACCAUUGCGAACAUUGUUGACCCUUUUUUCUUCAUAACCGGUUACUUAGUUUACAUCAUGAUGAUUCCGCAGUUCACCAAACCUGGUUGCCAGUGGUUUCAUAUACCAUUUGUGAUUGUAUACAAAUAUUUAAGAACCCUCCCUAUUUACAUCAUAUUGAUGCUCCUCACGACUUUUGUCAUUCCUCAUUUGGGAGAUGGUCCAUUUUGGGCGAAUAAGAUGUGGCUCGAAGCGGACAAAUGUAAAACGCAUUGGUGGACUAAUUUACUGGCCGUUAGUAAUUUCAUUCAAGUGGAAAAACAAUGUCUUGUAGCAGGUUGGUACAUAUCGUGUGUUAUACAGUUACUUGCCAUUGGAACCAUCAUAAUAUACAUAUAUGUAAAAAAGCCUAAAAUCGGAGUUUAUAUAAUGGUCUUAAUGUUGAUUAUGUCGUUGACCAUCCGAUUUGCUGUAACAUACCACACGAAAUCGUACGGAAUCAUCAAGUUUAUGAUAUCAUCAACGGAAAAUCCUCUUAGCUCAUAUGAGUACUCAAAUCUAUACACGCAAAUCUACAUGCGAGGUAUACCAUUUUAUGCUGGCCUGUUAGCAGGUGUUGCGGCUGACGCUUUGAAACAAAGAGAAAUUAAAAUAUCUACAACAACCACUUAUGUCAGCACCGCGGUGAUCAUUGUUAUUUGUAUGUACGUUCAAAUGUACGGCAUGACGUUUUACGAGAGGCGCAGGCAAUACGACGCGAUCGAGUCGGCCAUUUAUGGAACUCUAAGCAAUUGCACCUGGACCGUGAUUUUCUUUUGGAUCGCUAUCUGCCAUACCAUUUCUAGUUAUGGACCGAUAGAAAAACUGUUCAACAAUCGAUUCGCCGUACCGUUGGGCCGACUCUCUUACUCAGUUUACUUGGUCAACAUCACUGUAAUGAUGAUGAUUGAAAACUCCAAACGGACAAGCGCAACCCCGACAAUGGGGAUGUUGCAAAAUGAAUGGAUUAUCGGGGUGUCUAAGACAUACUUAGCAGCCGUAGCAUUGUAUUUAAUUGUUGAAGCACCAAUUGGAUUACUGAUAAAAAAAAUUAUCGUGGGAAGCAAGUUUAGUAAUCAAUUAGAUGUCGACAAAACAAUUCGGACAAAUGCAAAAUCAGUUGGACAAAGUGAUACGACAAAAUUGUAACUGUGUACAUUUUCUUAUUUAGCUCUCUUCGCCUGCGAUAUUUCUUUGUGUUUCCAUUUCAAUUUAUGAAAAAUGCGAGUCAUCAAUAUGUGUACAAGAUUUACGUUAAAUUGGUUUCAAUCGACUAGUCCAGACUCAUAUCAUUUCACGUACCUAUACAGCCGAUUCUAUGUACGGGGUUUACCAUUCUAUAUUGGACUGUUAGCUGGUGAUAUAGUUGACGUUUUAAAAAGAAAACAAGUCAAAAUGUCUAAGACAACUACUUUUAUAACUACUCUAGUAGCCUUUGGUCUUUACAUAUAUGUCCAAUUGUACAGUAAUGUAUUCUUUAAAAGACAUAGGGAUUACAAUGCAAUUGAGUCAUCUAUUUAUUCAAG